GUGAAAAGCAUCCGGUAGGCAGUUUAGCAUCGGGCUGGACGGGAAGCUAAGCUAUAGAAACGUAGAAGUCUCUCUCGUCUUGUUUUGAUCAUGUGUUGAGCUUUAAUUUGCUGAAGUUCCAGCCGGUCAAGUCACUAACUCGAAGGUCCAUUCCAAUGAUGCAGUUCAUGCUGCUGUUCAGCCGGCAGGGGAAGCUGCGGCUUCAGAAAUGGUAUGUACCUCUCUCCGACAAGGAGAGGAAGAAGAUCUCCAGAGAUCUGGUCCAGACCAUACUGGCCAGGAAGCCUAAGAUGUGCAGUUUCCUGGAGUGGAGGGACCUAAAGAUUGUGUACAAAAGAUACGCCAGCCUGUACUUCUGUUGUGCGGUCGAGGAUCAGGAUAAUGAGUUGAUCACUCUGGAGAUCAUUCACAGAUAUGUGGAACUACUCGACAAAUAUUUUGGCAGCGUUUGUGAGCUGGAUAUCAUCUUCAACUUUGAGAAGGCCUACUUUAUUCUGGAUGAGUUCCUGCUGGGUGGGGAAGCUCAGGAAACCUCCAAAAAGAACGUGCUGAAGGCAAUCGAGCAGGCUGACCUGCUGCAGGAGGAAGCCGAGGCACCACGGAGCGUCUUGGAAGAAAUUGGGCUGACAUAGAACGUCGCGCCGCCUAGCGUUGUCCCCCACAGAUGCAGAUCUGAUCACAUCCACGUCUUUGUCAUUUCCUUUUCCACAGUGUCGGUGUUGUACGCAUAUAAUCGGCAUCAUUGGACUGUAUCAAGUACUGUACUAUACUGUAACGUCCAUUCAGUGUGCCUCCAUCUUCCCGCAAAGUAUUCUGCACUACUUAGCAUCCAUCACUUCUCCUAACCUCCAGACUCAACAGAGAGAAAUGUAGCACCAGUGUCACAAAUCCAGCUUGUUUUUAAGAUCAUCCAUUGAUCACUGUUUGCACAAUUAGCAAUUUGACUUAAGUGCUGCUGGUGCCUCGUAUACACAACAAACACCAAGAAGGUUAAAGCUGUUCUCAAGGUAUUUCCUGGUCCCUUUCGGUUUUCACUACAGCAAAGUAACUAUUUCAACACAGCAAAAACAGUAGUCAAAAACCUUUUGACUACUGUAUGUGCAGAGUCUUGGUAAUAAAUGUCAUUGGAAAGUGCACCGGUUGGGUUGAAAUGUUUGUCUCCAAGGACUUGAGAUGCUUUCAGAAGUGGCAAUUACUUUUAAUGUUUCUAUUUUGUGCCAACACUUUGUGAAGUAGCUCUUUAAUCUGAGGCACCAGCUGAGGAUAACUUUCAGAGGAUCACAGCUCAGUAAUAUUACAGUUCCUUCUGUACAUGGGUGGAUCACAGCAUCAGUAUUGUUUUUCUGUGUUCAUUUGGCCUCUUGCAGAAAUUCAAGCUGUUUACAUUUGUCGAAGUUGGUCAUUUUUGAGUUAGCGGCGGCUUGCUAAGCUUUGUUCUGUUGUCUGUAUUGUUCGUUUUUGUCAUGAGCAUGAACUAUUUCUCCUCUGAAAGGGUUCAAGUGAAAUGUAACGUUUUUUGUGAUAAAUCUUUGCUGUAGUUUCCAGGCCGGGAUAGUGUCUUAAAAACACUGUUUCAUAACCACUUAUGAAAGGUUUGGUUCAUCGUUAGACUAACUUUUGACCAAAAAACACUGUGUUUAACCUUCUCAAUGGAGUCUAAAGGAGGCCAGAAUGGCAGAAAAAGGGAUUUCUAACAAAGUAUAUGGUCACCAUUUGACUACAGAUGACUGUAUUUUAUACUCCUAUUCAACAGCUGUGUGAACUUUGUGGAUUAAUAACGUAAGAAAGAGAACUGUGCAUAUCGGAUACAUGGAAGGCAUCCAUCAACCCCAGAUAGUUAAAUGCAGAUGAACGUGGCUGCUCAUCUUAAACAGUUUAAAGUUUUUCUUCUGCAGUCUCAAGCCUGUUAUUGAACAAAACCCAUCUUUGAUUUUUGCUACACUUGUUUUAUAUUUAACACGGCCAACUAUUUUUUUCUUAAAUCUGAAAUUACAGAUAUAUUCCAGAACCCAUUCUGAUCUUUUUCUUCCCAAAUGUUGAACAUUAAAGUGCAUCAAAUCCCAA